AUGGCCUUGGAAUGCACAUCAGCCGUAAGCUCCGACGUUGAAGGACAGAUGUACAAACAUGCAAAGGCGUUGGGGAUUACGCUUAUUACUGUUUCUCUUCGCUGCAAUUCCAAUGAUGACCGCGAAUCCGAUCCUGAUGUCGAUGCCAGCAGUCCAUCACUGACAAGGUAUCACACGCACAUAUUGACGCUUACGGGGGAUGGAACAGGGAGUUGGACGUUUAGCCGGAUUGCUAAGGGGAGUGGGUUGGGUGUGGGGCGGGGAGAGAGCGACGGUGAAUCAACUGCAGCCAGUGAAAGCGACCCAACACCAACGCCGACGCCAAUGCAAAAUGCACCAAUGGCACUGCACACAGAAGACCAAGGAGCCAAACACCUCACGCGCGUCCUCGAAGAGAUACAUGUGCUAGAGGUAUGGAUUGAAGAGUCGUAUGGGUGGGAGAAGAGGGUUAGGGAGCUUGGGGAGGUGUUGAAAGCCAAGUGA